AUGCCACUCGUUGCUUGGGAAAACAGGGCCGCGGCCAAAAGACAUAGUGUCCUCAAGGCCAUUCCUUCAGCAUGGCAUAUAUCAGCCGAUCAAACUCGUUCGGAUAAAGACUAUCCAAAUGUCCUUGACAUUCUUCAAAUUUAUUUAUCAGAUGAUGAGUUGACCAUUACCGAAACCCCGCCAAUGGACACGCUGGCUCAUGUUCAUGCUGGAAUUUGGUCUUCAGAGGAUGUCGUUCGAGCCUACUGUCAUCGUGCUGCCAUAGGUCACCAAUUUGUCAACUGUCUGGCAGAAGUAUUCUUUGACGAGGCCAUCGAAACCGCACGACAGCUCGAUCAAUAUCAUCGCGAGACCGGAGGCUUGAAAGGCCCUCUCCAUGGAUUGCCAAUCAGUUUCAUGGAUCGAUUUCGUAUCGCUGGGGUAGAAACAGCGGCAGGAUUCAUCUCAUGGCUAGGCCCAAAAGAUACCGAGGCGACUGAAUCAUUGAUCGUUCGUCAUAUGCGGGCGCUAGGAGCAGUGCCCUUUUGUAAAACGAAUAUGCCUCAAAGUAUGAUGAUUGCAGAAACUACCAACAACAUCCAUGGCAGUACGCGCAACCCUUUUUCGCGACUCCUUUCGAGUGGUGGAGCAGCAGGUGGAGAGGGAGCCUUGCUGGCAAUGAAAGGCUCUCCAUUUGGCUGGGGAACGGAGUUCGCUGGCUCCACACGCAUCCCUGCCGUCUUCCACAAUCUCUACAGCCUUAAAGUUUCAUGUGGCAGACUCCCGACGCACGGUGUUGCUGCCAGUGAUACAAGCCUUCCUUCGCGCAACUCUACCAUCGCUAUGAUAACCUGGGAUUUUCAUUUACUUCAACAUAUUGCCAAACUGUCCCUGGGAGCUUCCGCAUUUGAAGAGGACCCUUUAUGGAUCAACAUGCCAUGGAGGGAAUCCAAAGCCCGAGAAUUGACCCUGAGACGUCCUGUCUUUGCCGUGCUGGAAUCGGAUGGCAAUGUCCAACCUCAACCACCAAUUCGACGAGCUUUGAGAUCCGUAAUCCAGUGCUUGAGACGUGCGGGAUAUCAAGUCAUCGAAUGGAACCCUCCAUCCCAUGCAACGGCAGUCGAAACAUACUUCAAAAUAAUCGGAGCCGAUGGAGCACAAGCGACUCGAGAGCACAUCAAAGCAAGUGGAGAACCACCGGUCCCAAUGUUGAAGGACUGGUAUUAUAAACCCCCAACAACGCCACUGCCAGUAACAGAAUAUUUGGCGCUCACCAGGUCACAAGAGCGUUAUCAGACUGAAUAUCACAAUUAUUGGAAAGACACAGCCAAGAGUACAACUAAUGGAUUGCCCGUUGAUGGGGUCAUCCUCCCUGUUUGCGCGAAUGUUGCCUGCUAUGAAAACACAUUGACCUACUUUGGAUACAGUGCCAUUGUGAAUCUUCUCGACUUCACAGCCGUAACCUUCCCAGUUGGAUACGCGAACAAAGACUUGGAUCCCGAACCAAGUUCAUUUGUUCCCUUGAGUAAAGAAGAUGAAUCCUUGAACGCCUGUUAUCGGAUCAAAGACGAUAGGGUGGCUUUCCAUCAAGCCCCUAUAGGUCUCCAAUUGAUGUGCCGGAGAACAGAAGAAGAAAAGGCACUCAAGCUAGUGGAAUUAAUCCUGCAAGUUCAAGUGCAGUCACCGGCCUUCUUGUGGUAA